GGCUCGCCAUGAUCAUAUGGGCGACAGGAGAGACGUCAUUGGGAACAGCUGGUUGGAGAGGUGCUCCAGCAGGUUCAGUCGAGUUGUGUAAACUUUGAUCAAAUUUUUGCGAAAUUGCUCUGCUUGUAAGUGACAAUGGGGCGCAUCUUUUUGGAUCACAUCGGAGGUUCACGUCUUUUUUCAUGCGCAUCCUGCGACACAAUUUUGACAAAUAGAAGUGAACUCAUCAGCACACGUUUCACAGGAGCUACUGGAAGAGCUUUUUUGUUUAAUAAGGUUGUCAACUUAAAUUACAGUGAAGUUCAAGAUCGAGUAAUGUUGACAGGUAGGCACAUGGUCAGAGAUGUAUCCUGUAAAAAUUGUGAUGCCAAACUUGGUUGGAUCUAUGAGUUUGCAACCGAGGAAAAUCAACGUUAUAAGGAAGGGAGGGUUAUUCUUGAACGAGCUCUUGUAACCGAGAGUGAUGGCAUUGAUGAACACAUGGGUGAUGAUUGAUGUGCUAAUUCUCAAAAAACAGUUGAGUUUUGAGUUUCUGCAAUCAAAGCAGCGAAAUACAAUGAGAACGUUGCCUUUGAAUGCUUCCUUUGGGAUUUGGGUGUGUAGUUUUCAAAAAAGUGUCUUCUGUUUUGGGCUCUGAGAUCAUAGUAGUACAAUGCAGAGACUUUUUUUGUUUUGAGAACUCUAGACAUGUUGACCCUCAUAUCCUCUUCCAAAAGGUUUUGGGUCCUCAGUGGCAUUGUUUAAGGUAUUAGUAAAGAGCAACAAAAAUAUUUGGAAGGGCCAAAAGGAAGCAGGUUUUUGAAUGUCCUGUCUUGAAAAAUUGUAGAAAGAACGUUCUGUAAUAUUUUUGUUUUUUUUCAAUAUUUGCAUCAUUCCAUGUAGGAUUGAACUUACGGAAGUAUUUCUCUAUAUUAAAUUUUGUUCUUAAGAAUUGUGGUUUACUAAGCAUGAAUUAAUGUAGGAAGAAUGAAUUUUUUGUGUAAUAAAAAUGAUGGUAGGUGAUUUGCAUGGGUAGGUUUUGACUGCUUGACAAAGUCAAGUAAAGAGUUUGCAUCCAUCUGUGUUCUUAGAUAAUUGUUGGAUAUGGAAAGUCAGUCAUGUUACCAUAGUUUCAGAUAGUCUUUUUAAUGCAUUGUUCAUUGGUGUGUCUAUGGACAUUUUUCUUUCAUUUACCAAUAACUUCUUAACAUCAAUUUUAAGAAGCAUUCUUACAAAAUAAUGUAGGAAUUUUGUGGCUUAACACAGAUCAAAAUUCGCUGUAUUAAAUAGGUUGUCAAUAGUUAGUACAGUGUAAUUCAUCUUCUAUGCUGAUGAUCUCAAAAGAAACUUCUUUUGCCAAUUUCUCUAAGAGAUAUUUUGAGACUGACCAUUUUUUUAUUAGUUUUCAUACAAAUUGCUAUAUGUGAGGUAAAAUGGGACUGAAAAUUCUAGGAUCAUAAGCACUGAUGUCUCCUUUGAGGGAAUUCUUUUCUGAAAAUGAAUUAAGAAAGAGAGCAAAGGGAAUAUAUUGUCAUAAUCACUGAAUAAGUAUGUCACCUCUCAUCCAUUCAUUCUAACUUGUGAUAUUAAACUCAUCUAAUAAAUAAAAUUGUCCAGUCUAUGAGAAAUAUUUGAGAUAGGUAGUCAUAUUUGAUGAACAUGCUGAUGUUUUUGCCCUCUCCCCAUUAAAAAAUAUGAGAAAAAUAAUUUUAAUUAAGUUUGUAAACCAAAAAGGAUUCUGGAAUGGUUCCAUUCUACUCCACAGUCACUAAAAAAAAAUUGAACUUGGUGUGUACAAGACAUGUUGCAAUAUACAUACACGAAGCAUAGCUUCAUUAAUUGUUUACCAGCAGUGAAAUAGAUGAGAACCUUAGAAAACAAAGUUUCUCAAAUUUUGUGUCAGAUUCUUCACUGUUUUUCCUUUGGAGAUAUAUAUAUGUAUAAUACAGAAGUAAUUAUAUUAUAAUGUAUUUUGUUAUGAAGAUAAAUGUGUGUUUUUGACAUUAAUUGGAGAAUAAAUUUUAUUUAAAAAUAAUUAACAAUAAGUACUUGUGUUUGCUUGAGUACUCCUAUUUUCCUUUGCUUCUGUGAAAAGUACAGUUCUCAGGAUGAAUGAAAAGUUAUGUAUAUUUAAAUGUGAAUUUAGUGACCAGUUGCAUAAAAAAUGACCCAAACAGUUUAAAACAGUGACCUAUGAAAUGUUGCCGCUAAGCCUCAAUAUGCGUGAUGAUUUUUUCAGUAUGACAUUAAUCAUUUUAUGUUGAAUUCAGAAACAAUCUUUUUAUGACUUUUACUUACAGUUUGUUUACAAUUGUAC